AUUUUAUCAUGGAGAGAGGGUGCAAUUCCGAGAAACCAAAUCCCAGAAACUCCACUUUAGACGUGUUUGGUUUCAUCUUUUUCUCCGAGAAAGGGCCACCCCACGUUUCACUUUCACUUUUCGCUUUGGGAAAUGAUGCCAUUGUGUCCGGCAAAACUCAUCAUGUAGGAGACUACUCGACCCUCGCUUUCCCUUUUCCCCUUUUCACCAGGUGGGCACGUCAGAAUCCUUUGAUUCUCAACCCCAGUUUCUGACUUAUUUUGGCUAUGGAGGAAGACAAGUACGCCAAGGAAUUGGAGGUGGCCGUGAGGGUGGUCCACGUGGCGUGUGCUCUGUGCGGGAGAGUACAGGAGAGGCUCCUUGAGACCAGCAAUGAUCACGUUGUGUCCAAGGAUGAUGAUUCUCCUGUUACUGUUGCAGACUUUAGUGUUCAAGCAACCAUUAGUUGGUUAUUAUCAGAAAUAUUUGGAGUUCAAAACGUAUCAAUUGUGGCCGAAGAAGACAUACAAACCAUCUCAAAGGAUGAAUCAGCAAGCUUGCUGGAUAAUGUUGUGAACACUGUGAAUGAGUCUUUAGCUUUUGCAUCCAAGUAUGGUCUUCAAAGUCCAGAGACAACUCUAGGAUCAACUGAAAUUCUUGAGGCCAUUUCCCGUUGCAACUCAACUGGAGGCCCCAAUGGAAGAUAUUGGGUACUUGAUCCUGUUGAUGGCACAUUAGGAUUUGUACGUGGGGAUCAGUAUGCUGUUGCUCUAGCUCUGAUUGAGGAUGGAAAAGUUGUUCUUGGAGUUCUUGGUUGUCCUAACUACCCAGUAAAGACAGAAUUGCUUAAUUAUCAUUAUCGGCAUCACCAAACAAUGGCGCAAUCGUCUCUAACAACUCCUGAUACUGGAGGAAAAGGAUGCGUAUUGUACGCAAAAAGUGGCAGUGGUGAGGCUUGGUUGCAGUCAUUGAUUGAUGGAGAGAAAAAGCUGGAAUGGCCAAAUCGUGCUAGACUUAUUCGUGUUUCUUCAAUUGAUGAUCCGGCAUUGGCAACUCUCUGUGAACCAGUGGAAAGGGCAAACUCAAACCAUUCAUUCACAGCUGGACUUGCUCACAGUGUGGGACUUAGGCUCUCAACUUCUUCUUGUACUCUUUCGCCACCAACUUUAUUUGGAUCCAACAAAUUACAGGCUACCUCAAUGACACCUUCACCAUGUGCAAGUGCCAUGGCCUGUACAGAGGGAAGUCCACCACCUCUUCCACUGACCCGUUUGGCAAUUCUCCGAACAGCAUUAAUAUCAUAAGACAAUAGAGGGAUAUUGUAGUUAUCAACCCAAUUGGUGGCUCCAAUGACAGAACACUUUCAAUUUCAUUCCUCCACCACCACGUGAUUGUCUUCGUCUUCGCAAACUCUUCCCAGCCCUAAUUCUCACACUCACUCACCACAGCAAAAUCCCUAACUCAUGAAAUCCCUAAUUCCCAUUUCAGUUUUUCUGUUUAACUUAAAAAAAAAACCAAUCAAAAUCACUGCUUCCCUCAUUCCCUGCCACGUAUAUAGUUUUUUUCAUAAAACUAUUAUCCACGUAUUUAAAUAAUUUAAACUGAGCUCAUUAUCUGUGUACCACGUAAUCACAUGCAAACGGCGUUACUGAUCAAUUAACGGAGAGGACUUAAUUGGCUCAUUUUAACAAGUUUAAAGACCCGAUUGAGACCGAAAAAAACACGAUGAGCUACUUGAGAUUGACACACAAAUAUGAGGACCAAAUGAGGGUUUAAACCAAAGAUUUAACUGGCAGAAACCAUUUUUGUAAUAACAAUUGGGUAAGUACAUGUAGAAAUUAGUUAGUUAUAAAUGUAGUAUUGCAAGUAGUGAAAAGAAUAUAAAGAAAAACCAAGCUUUGUAAUUCUUGGACUUCAAUAGAAAUCAUAAUAAGCAGAAAAGUUUGUUGAUAACAAUCGUAGAAUUGGUUUGUCUUUUAUAUAUAAUUUUUUUACUAAAUGAAUUAUUAAACUGAUGAUUAUCCUAAGAUAGCAUAGGUAGUGCAUGGCUUAAAUUUAUCAGCUUUACUUUCCCUUAAAAG